CUACAAGUCACUAGAGUUUAGAUACAGUUAGUGAUCGACACAUUGAGAUGGAACGAGCCUGUCUUCAACUCUUGCUGUUGAGUACUCUGGUAUACUGUAGCCUCGGACAAGGUGGAGCCUCUCUGAGUGUCAGUCCUGACAGAUCUCAGUUCUUUGAAUUUGAGUCUGUCUCUCUGAGCUGUGAGGUUCAGGGGAAAUCUGCUGGAUGGAGAGUGAAGAGAUACACAGUCUCUGGGGAGAGUUCAGAUUGUGGAAGAAAAUGGGGAAAACCAGAAGGAUCUUCAUGCAACGUGUCACUAAUAAAAUCAUACAGUGGAGUGUACUGGUGUGAGUCUGGAUCUGGAGAACACAGCAACUCUGUCAACAUCACAGUACCUGCUGGUGCUGUGAUCCUGGAGAGCCCUGCCCUUCCUGUGACUGAGGGAGUUUCUGUGACUCUGCGCUGCAGAUAUCAGGGAACUCUCUCUAACCACACAGCUGAUUUCUACAAAGAUGGAUCCCUGAUCAGGACUGAGACUACAGGAGAGAUGACCAUCCCUGCAGUAUCCGAGUCAGAUGAAGGACUCUACAAGUGUACCAACUCUGAAGGAGAAUCACCAGAGAGCUGGAUGACAGUGACAGCCUCUCUCUCUCCUCCAGCUUCUCUCUCUCCUCCAGCCUCUCUCUCUCCUCCAGCCUCUCUCUCUCCUCCAGUAUCUCUGAGUGUCAGUCCUGACAGAUCUCAGUUCUUUGAAUUUGAGCGUGUCUCUCUGAGCUGUGAGGUUCAGGGGAACUCUGCUGGAUGGAGAGUGGUGAGGAACACAGAGAGAGGGAAUGUUUCAGAGUGUAAUAUUGACUGGGGAAAACAACAAGGGUCUUCAUGCAUCGUGUCACUAAAACCAUCAGACAGUGGAGAGUACUGGUGUGAGUCUGGGUCUGGAGAACACAGCAAUGCUGUCAACAUCACAGUAUCUGCUGGAGCUGUGAUCCUGGAGAGCCCUGCCCUUCCUGUGACUGAGGGAGAUUAUGUGACUCUGCGCUGCAGAUAUCAGGGAACUCCCUCUGACCUCACAGCUGAUUUCUACAAAGAUGGAUCCCUCAUCAGGACUGAGACUACAGGAGAGAUGACCAUCCCUGCAGUAUCCAAGUCAGAUGAAGGACUCUACAAGUGUAACACCUCUGAAGGAGAAUCACCAGAGAGCUGGAUGACAGUGACAG